AUGUCUCUACCCGUUCUCUCACGGCCCUUAGCCGACCCGCCGACGGGGGCUCUGCCUCCCAUUCCUACGAGCAAACCUCCGCGAAAGAGUCUACCUCAAACAACUUCACGGUUAAGGACUCCGUCAAGAACUUCAGCGUUAUCCUCGUCUCAACCGACCGUGUCCACCCCCGAAUUGUCAUACUCCAAACCGAGCGAAAGAGUAUCGGGGAUACCGUCAGGCAAGGCCGUGCGAAAGACGGUGAGCAUUGGUUCAUUUCCUCAACCACCGAAUGUGGCCUCACGCCCCUCUACAUCAGCCUCGGUGGCAUCUUCGACAUCGACGAGGAAAAGGACCUCGGAUGGCAGCAGCAUCAACACCAUGCAAGCGUCUUCUAUCAAGGUCAAGAAGUCCUCCAAGGCAAACGUGACUGGGACUUUCAGAGCAUCACAGACCCCGAGCUUGUUAAACUCGGCUGGUGAUGGCAUGACCAUAUCCGCAACUGCGGGAAACAGGAUCUCGGACGCCCAGUCCAGCGUUCAUUCUCCCCCGCAAAGUAGAAGCUCUUCGGCCAAUGGCUCCUACUCCACUAGCGCUACCACGAUUGAAGAAGGUGACGAGGACAAUCGGGGUCGGAUGAAUGAUUUAGACGGUGCCAGCGUCGAUCCCAAACAAAACUCCAGAGGGAAGGAAAUCAAAGGCAACGUUCUCGUCAGUGUCCGCGUCCGUCCUGAUCCAGGGACGCCGAACAGUUAUCAGUCUGAAGAAGGGGAAUGGAUGGUUGACGGCCGACGAAGCCUGGUGGCUUACCGUGGGAAAGAAGGUGGAGAUUACCACUACGACAACGUGUUUACCACCCAUGAUGAUAACGCCAAGGUCUACGAUGCUUCAGCCAAACGCCUGGUCCGUCGGGUGAUGGAAGGCUAUCACGGAACGGUCUUUGCUUAUGGUAUGACUGGAACCGGCAAGACCUUCUCCAUGCAAGGCACCAUGACCAGUCCUGGCGUGAUUCCUCUGGCGAUAACCGAUAUUUUUUCAUACAUUAGGGAAACUCCACACCGGGAGUUCCUGCUGCGAGUCAGCUACCUAGAGAUCUACAACGAGAAGAUCCAUGACCUGUUGGCAGUUCCAGUGGGCGGUGGGGUCGGCGGGAGCCAGCAGGAAGAAAUCAAGUUGCGUGAAGACAGCAAACGAGGCGUCUACGCUACACCAUUGAAGGAGGAAAUUGUACAAAGCCCAACACAGCUGCUUCGGGUAAUCCACCGGGGAGACACGGCUCGCCGCACCGGAAGCACGCAGUUCAACUCUCGAAGCUCGCGAAGCCACGCCGUUGUCCAGAUUGUUGUCGAGAGUCGAGAACGCAUCCCUGGGGCUGGGUCCAUGCACGAGAAUGGCAAACGAGUGGCAAUGCUUCCCGGCGGUGUACGCGUCUCGACUCUCAGUUUGAUUGAUCUUGCGGGCUCGGAGAGGGCGGCCGAUGACAAAGAGCGCCGGACGGAGGGUGCACAUAUCAACAAGUCCCUGUUGACUUUGGGCACUGUUAUUGCCAGAUUGUCUAGCAACCGAGACAAGAAUGGGAACCCCACAGACAAAGAUGGCAGGCAUCUACCUUAUCGAGACAGCAAACUCACCCGUUUGCUUCAGCCAGCCCUUUCAGGCAAUUCGCUGGUGUCGAUCCUCUGCACCAUCCAGAUAGGAGCCGGGUUGCUGAUGGCCGGCAACAAUCAGACGGGAGAAACACUCAAUACGUUGAAGUUUGCGGCUCGUGCAAAGAACAACAUUAUCAGUCACGCCAAAAAGGCGGCCGAGGAGGUGGGCAGCGGUGUCAAUGCCGGUCUCUUGGAGCGCUAUCGAACGGAAAUCCAGAAUCUCCGAGCUCAGCUGGAGGGCCAGCAAAAGUCGGCGGAUGAAAAGGAAGAACGCCAGAUAGAGCGGGAGGCGGAGCAACGACAUGAAGAGCAGAUGUUGGAGAUGCAGCUGGCCAGGACGGCACUCAAAGAACGGAUUGAACAUCUCAAUCGACUGAUACUGUGUUCCAAGUCGACGGGAGUCAACAGCGGGUCGGUGUCUGCUCUGGGGAUGCAUUCACGGCUUUCCGGGGGGACGGACUAUGCAGGCUCGCGGUCUGUCCGAUCCUCAGCCAGCCAGUCCACGCUAGGAGUCGGUCCCAGCCUGCGGCGACAUCCAUCCGGGGCAUCCCUUGGAGGUGCUCGGUCGAAUUCAGGUCACCUAUCAUUUUCCGCCAUCCCGGACGAAGAUGAAGAGGCGGGCGGUGAUUAUGGCGACGGGACAGCCACGCUACAAGCCCAAGUGCGGGCAUUGCAGGCCGAUCUACAAGACAAGACGCGGUAUAUCUCAACGCUGGAGAAGAGACUGUUGCAAGCGCGACGGUCGAGUCACUCACGAGUCUCGAUGGCGUUCAACAAGAGUCCCGGAGACGAUGGCGACGUGAUGAGGAAGUUGGAAGAAAAGGAUGCCAUCAUCUCGGAUCUACAGAAAACCGUGGCUGCACUCCGGUCGGCGGUGCGAAAGCGGGACCUAGCGGAGCUGACGCCGGAGAUGUCGUCGUCAGAAUUCAAGCAGAGCCGCACACAGGAGGGCCAUCAGAGUACGGGCAGCGUCAGCAGCUCUCAGCCGAGCAACGGUUCGACCCAGGCUGGGUCGGAGGUACCACGAUCGCCCCUGGCGAAAAGUCCCAUGGCACUGUUGUCGCCGCAAAAGGCGAUGGCCAAGAAGCGCAAGACGGUGGACGAGAUGUCCAAGAUGCUGGACGAGAUGAUUCAGGACAAGGUGGAGAGCGGGCAGAUGGGCAAGGGGCGCCUGCCAUCACGGGCCUCGUCUUUGCAACGACACUCUCGCAGGACCUCGUCGAGUGGAGGACCCGCCAUGGGCAGUCUGGUUGCCUCCCUGCGCGAACGGGAUUCCAUGCUUGAACCGCGCAGUCCACUUUGA